AUGAGCGGUGACUUGUUCAGCUUGAAAGUGUUUUUCAUUUUAUUGAGAGAAACAUUCGAGUCUGCAAUCGUGAUAUCCAUCUUGUUAUCAUUUCUCAAGCAGAAUUUUACAAAACAAGUUAUCUAUAGACAUUUACAAGCCCAAGUUUGGCUAGGAGGGUUCUUUGGGCUAUUCAUUUGUUUGCUAAUAGGUAGUGUUUUCGUGGCGUUAUUUUAUAUCAUUGGUGAGAAUUAUUGGUCUAAAUAUGAACGUAACUGGGAAGCAAUUUUCAGUGUUAUUUCUUCUUUGAUCAUUUCCAUAAUGGGUCUUUCAUUAUUAAGAAUCAAUCAAAUGCAAAAAAAAUGGCAAGUUAAGUUGGGUAAGAAUAUGCAUGGAAUUAUUGUAAAUAGUGAAACUGAUGCUAUCUCUCAUAGAAAAAAAUUAAAAGGUUUAAAAGGGAAAUUGAAAAGACUUACAGAAAAAAAUUCAUUAAUGAUCUUACCAAUGGUCACUUUAUUAAGAGAAGGUCUUGAAGCAAUCUUUGUCAUUAGUGGUGUCUCGGCAUCUGAACCUGCAAGUUCAUUACCUUUAUCAAUAAUUUCUGCAUUAACUUUAGGUUCAUUGAUUGGUGUCUUCUUAUACAAAGGUGGUAAUAAGAUGAGAUUACAAUUUUUCUUGAUUUUCUCAACAUGUUUCCUUUAUUUGGUUUCUGCUGGGUUAAUGUCUCGUGGUGUAUGGUUCUUUGAAUUGGAACAAUAUGUUCAAAAAUGCCAUGGACAAGAUAUGACAGAAGUUGGUAAUGGUCCAGGAUCUUAUGAUGUUGCUAAUACCAUAUGGCAUGUCAAUUGUUGUAGUGGUAUUAAUGAUGGUGGUUGGAUGUUGCUUAAUGCUUUAGUUGGUUGGACUAAUACUGCAACUUAUGGUUCAGUCAUUAGUUAUAAUCUUUAUUGGUUAUUCAUUGUGAUAUUAUUAAAUGUGAAAUUAUACCAAGAAAGACAUGGUUAUAUUCCAUUCAUACCCAUCAAAUGGCAAUUGAAAAAAAUUUCUAAACGAUAUGAAAUUAUUAAAUUCAAUCUAGAAAAUAAUGAUAAUUAUAAACGUCCAGAAGUUGAAUUACAAUCAAGAGACAACUCAAGAAAUAUCAGCUCAAAUGGUUAUAACAGUGUUCGUGGCGAAAGUGUUGAUAAUCUACAAAACACAAGAUUGGAUGUUAUUAAUGAUGAUAAUAGUGAUGCUACAACCAGUCUUUUAGCAUCAAGUCAACACACUGCAUCAAGAUAA